AUGGUCGCCCGUCCUCCGCUCCCCCUCAGGUCCGCCAAUCCACAUAUCAAGGACCACCUAAACGCAGCAUCUCUCCCGCCUGUGAAAUACCAGAUCCUCCACUGCCAAGGCAAGGAGAUCCUCGUAGGACGCCUCAAAAUCGAAACACCCACCGAGUCCGGCCAUGCUUUCAUCCUCCGCAGAUUCGACACCGGCGCCGUCAGCCUUACCACCAUGUUUCGUGCCGCGUUUCCCAACGCCUCUGACUACGAGGAGAAGGUCGAGAUCCAGUGGGUGAAGGAGCACCAUGAUCUCAGCGGGAACAACGGGUCGACGAAGGAUACACACAUCACCCGUCUCGCUGGUACCUGGGUCAGCCCGCAGCUGGCGCUUGAGCUUGGGAAGGCGUACUCCCUCGGAAAGAUCAUCAAUUCGGUCGUCGAGGCGGUUCCUGAUCCUACGGCGAACUACAGGAGGUCGGGGAAGGCUGCUGCUGCCGCCAAUUCGGCCAACACCAAUGCCACUCCUGCUGUGCCACCCCCAGCCACGACGACCACAACGAUGACCGUCACCGAGACUGUAACGGCUGCCACGAAGGUCGAGGUUACGAAGCCCCCAUCUGCCUCCAAGUCGCUCCCAACGCCAUCGCCAACUGCUGCGAACCCUCCAGCUAAGCGCCGGAAAGAGUCGUCUCCUGUGCCAUCGCUCAGCCAGAGCAGUAAACCACCAUCGCGAGCGUCACCGUCUCCCAUCAAACCCGCUCCUCCUCGCCGAUCGGCACGCACGAAGAGCCCGGCGCCACGCCCCAUCGUGCCCCUCACCUCUGUGACCCGGACGCCAAAGGCACCCCGUUCUGCGAAGAAAGACCCAGUGGCCUCCACGUCUCACACCCCAGGCGGCACGGAACUUGCCACCGUAGAUGAGGAGAACCUGCUCGUAGAGGACGGCGUCACCGGGUCCGAGCUGCACGACGAGGACAUCCGGGAGCAACGGAAGCUGAUCAGGGACCUCAAGGCCAAGCGGGACGCUGCCAAGGCUGCUGUCCUCGCAGAAGAGGAGGAGGAGGACAUGGAUGUCGCUGAGGAGACGUCUGGAGGGAAGAAGCGAGAGCGGGAGGACGAGGAGAAGCCGUUGCAGUUCGAGUUCAAGCAGCCGGAGGGGGAGGAGCGGGCUAUCGCGACGAACAGGCGGGUGAGUCGGUUCCACCUGGAGCCGAGGACCAAGUCGUUCGCGUGGGGCGUUGCUGCGUUUGCCAUGGGCAUGGGUGCUGUGACUUUCUUACCCAACUUCUUCUAA